UUUUGAACGGUCACAACAUUGAAAUUUGAAUAACACAUUUCCGCCAGAAUUACCCAAAACAACACUCUUUAAGUUUUUUUUUUCAAGAUUCUUGGAUUUUCAGACACCCAUUUACAACAUAUUUCCAUGGAUAGCAUUCAAUCAAACCCUUUUCCAGAUUUACCCAUAAAUUUCGAAUGGGAAACACCCUUAAAUCAAGAAAUGACAGCAUCUGUCAUGGAUCAAGAUGAUGAAAAUUUUCAAUUUUUAGCCGAUUCGAUGGUCUGUGACUCGGGUUCAAGAUUAAUCCCAAGUGGGUUUACUAGAUCUAGCUGUACAGAGGACGUUGUGCUUUUUGUUAAUGCUGGAUCGGAGGCUUCAGUAGAGUUGGAUUCCAGUCUGAGCUUUCAGGCUGAUAACUUUUACCAAGGUGGAGAACCAUUUCAAACGGAGGAGUUCAUAAAGGAAGGCGGCGAACAUGCUUUCGUUUACCAGACAGCAAGAUUAGGAAAUUUCUGUUAUCGGAUCGACAAUUUUACACCAGGAAAUUACUUUGUUGAUCUUCAUUUUGUCGAGAUAAUAAAUGUAAAUGGGCCUAAAGGAAUGAGAGUGUUCAAUGUCUUUCUACAAGAUGAAAAGGUUUUGUCUGAUUUCGACAUCUUCUCUGUUGUUGGAGCCAAUAAACCACUACAAUUAGUUGACUCAAGAGUUUCCAUCAAAGAGAAUGGGAUACUUGAGAUAAAAUUUGAAGGAAUUAUUGGUAGUCCCGUGGUUAGUGGGAUCUGCAUAAGAAAAGCUCCGAAAGCGUCAGCUUCUCAAGCAGAACAUGACCGUCUUACAUGCAAAAACUGUGCAGCCGAGAUAGAUAUUCCAUCAGCACAGAAAAAGGUGGCACGAUUGCAAUCAAUAGCCAAGUAUGAGAAAAAGAUACAGGAGCUUGGUGAAUUGUUGGAACGCAAGACAGAUGAAUGUUAUCAAUCUUGGAUGUCUUACACUGCAGCUAACCAGCAACUAGAGAAGGUUAGGAUGGAGCUGGACAAUAAGACAUUUCAUACCUAUUCACUUGAUCAGAAAUUUGAGAAGCAAGCUAAGACUAUUACAGAGAUCUCAAUCAAGUACGAGUGCGACAAGAAUAAAUGGCACAUGGCGAUCAAUGAUCUCGAGAUGAAAGUAAAGAUUAUGAAGCAGGAGCACGCCCAGCUCUCUCAUGAGGCGCAUGAGUGUGCAGACUCAAUCCCUGAUCUGAAUAAAAUGGUCUUUGCAGUUCAGUCAUUAGUUGAGCAAUAUGAAGAUCUUAAGAUGAAGUACAACGAAGAGCAAGCAAAGAGAAGAAAGCUCUUCAAUGAAGUUCAGGAGGCGAAAGGGAAUAUCAGAGUAUUUUGCCGCUGCCGUCCAUUAAGCAAAUCUGAAGUGUCAGAUGGAUGCUCAACAGUUGUAGAUUUCGAUGUCGCCAAGGAUGGAGAACUUGGAAUCUUAAAUGGAAGCUCCAUGAAAAAGACAUUCAAAUUUGACCGUGUCUACACACCAAAAGAUGAUCAAGGUGUUGUCUAUGCCGAUGCUUCACCGAUGGUUAUUUCAGUUUUAGAUGGUUACAAUGUGUGUAUUUUUGCUUAUGGACAAACGGGAACAGGCAAAACAUUCACCAUGGAGGGUACAAAAGGGAACAGGGGAGUCAACUAUCGGACGCUCGAAGAAUUAUUCAAAAUUGCAAAGGAGAGGAGUGAAACAUUCACCUACGACAUAUCAGUCAGUGUGCUUGAAGUCUACAAUGAACAGAUCAGGGACCUAUUGGCUCCACCGACGACAUCAAAAAAGUUGGAGAUAAAACAAGCUCCGGAAGGGCUUCAUCACAUUCCAGGACUUGUGGAAGCUAAAGUAGAGAACAUAGAAGAAGUCUGGAAUGUGCUACAGACUGGAAGUAGUGCAAGGGCUGUUGGAUCCAACAAUGUGAAUGAGCACAGUAGCCGUUCUCACUGCAUGCUUUGUAUUAUGGUAACAGCCAAGAACUUGCUCGACGGUGAAUGCACAAAGAGCAAGCUUUGGCUUGUGGAUUUAGCUGGUAGUGAGAGGCUUGCAAAGACUGAUGUCCAAGGUGAUAGGUUGAAGGAAGCUCAAAAUAUCAAUAGGUCACUUUCAGCUCUAGGAGAUGUGAUAUCAGCUUUGGCAAAUAGAAGCAGCCAUAUUCCAUACAGGAACUCCAAGCUGACACAUCUACUCCAAGAUUCAUUAGGUGGAGAUUCAAAAGCCUUGAUGUUUGUACAGAUCAGUCCUUCUGAUAAGGACUUGAGUGAAACUAUAAGUUCAUUGAACUUUGCUACAAGAGUUAGAGGAAUUGAGUUGGGUCCUGUAAGAAAACAAGUUGAUACCGGCGAGCUCCAAAAGUUGAAAACAAUGCUUGACAAAGCAAGGCAGGAAGCUAAAUCCAAAGAUGAAUCCUUGAAGAAACUCGAGGAAAGCCUGCAGAACUUAGAGAGCAAGGCUAAAGGGAAGGAACAUGUUAACAAAACUCAACAGGACAAGAUUAAGGAACUGGAAAGCCAGCUCAAUUUGAAGAUAUCAUUACAUGGACAAUCAGAGAAACAACUUUCACAGCUUUCAGAGAGAUUGAAGGGACGGGAAGAAACUUGUGCUACUCUGCAACAAAAGGUCUCGGAGCUAGAGAACAAGAUGAGGCAGCACCAACAAGUUGAGUCUGAAAGCCUCAACAAUAAGGUCAAGGAUCUCGAGAACAAGCUGAAAGAGCGGGAGCAGGAGUUUGAGUCUCAGUCUGAUAUCCUUCAACAUAAGGUUGAUAAGCUUGAGGAAAAGCUGAAAGCAAAAGAACAGAAUGAACAGGAGUGUAUUCUACUCCGUCAGAAGAUUAAGGAACUUGAAGACAAGAUCAAGGAGCACGAACAACAGUUGGCAUGCAUGGUUACAGAUUCUGAUGCAAAGUCUUUUAGAUCGAGCCCACAUGAAAGCAAAAGUUCUAGCAGAGAAGAUUUAACAAGAGACAUUGAGCAACGUAUUUUGAAGACCUCAAAUACUUUCAAUCACCAGGCAAGUCAGGUGGGGUCUAAUUUGCCGAAGGGAAAGGACUCCAUCCAACAAGUCAGACGAAAGCGGUUGUCAACAAAUAGUGAGACAGAGAACAAUGGUGUUUUACCCAACAGGACUGAACAGGAUUACCUUCAAGAGGCGAGAAGGAAGCGAUUGUCUAAAAACGGUGAAGCAGAGAAAAACGCUUCUGCCAUAUCGGUUAAUGAUAGAAGGACCAGGCAAUCUGAUCCCCCUAGACCAUUUGCAAGAGUAACGAAGCCUACUACAAGUACCGUCAAUGCUCAGAGGCCAUUGAUUCGUAACAAGACGAGCAGAGAGCCCGUUCAAGGAGUUAAAGAGAGGGACACAAAGAAAAGGAUGUGGACAAGAUAGUGUUUGAACAGAAACUAAAGAAGCCAACUUGCAUUCUGUUGUCUUCACAGCUAAUUCAACUUAAUUUUAGUGUAUGUUUGAUUGGUUUGUGGUGCAUUAUGUAUAUGCUAUUUUAGUGCAGCUUGGUAGAUUACUGUAUCUGUAUGUUCUAAUCUACCUACAUAUUGUAUCUCAUUUUAAGAUUGAAAAAAGAAGUUGAUGAUGAUGGAUCAAAAUGAAUGUUGUUUCUUCUAA